AAACGUUAUUUUGCAAUAGGUGUUUGCCCGAGAGCGUUUAAAAGCUGCUUUUGGAAUUAGACCUGACUACAUACGUCACUGCCAUUGAUUUGUGUUUUGCUUGCUAUGUUGCUUUCCGACACGUCAUUGAAUUAUUAACAGAGUUGGUUGGAACUGUUUGGUGGAACCAGUUUUGAUAUCGUGCUGGAGGUUUAAUAGUCAUUGAUAGUAAAGUUGCCGCAAACUGAACUAGGACGAACGUGAAAUACAGUUUGAACAAACAUUUAAUUAUAUCCGUUCCAUUGUACGUCAGGUACAGAAAUUAAUCAGGAGAUCAUUUGAACUCGCCGCUGGAACCAGUAAUUGAAAACCUCGACACCGGAGUGAUUAUAAACCUACUUUAACAGAAGAUGCACAAAGCUACAGCAUCAGACUGCCAGAUGCUCCAUCACACCCUCAGCAUCAACUGCUUGGCGAGUGGAGAUCUCCAAGUCUAGGAAGGGAGCAAUCGGCCAUCUUCUUUGCACUUGUUUUCAUGAGUGAAGGGAACAUUAAGAAGUAAUGCUGUUUGGUGGCAUUGGAGGCUCACAUAUCAUGAACAGGUGUUAAUGCUGACUGUGCUUCCAUCGACUUGAUUCUCUUCCACAUUCCCAUUUGUCGUGAAUAAGUCUUGACAGGGGUUCUGCAGGUGAAAUCAAACCUAUCACAUGUGCAGAAUCCUUGUCUAAAUCAACUCACGGUGACAAGGAGAAGGUGGAUGUUAUAUUAAUAACUUCAUACUUCCUACAUUUGGAGUACAAGGGAACGUAAUAAAUUGGAAAAAUGAUUUUGACUUGAUUGCCAUGAAGACUGGUAACUUGCAGGCAUCAGAAAGUCACUUGAACAAUGCAAGUAACAACCCGCCAGUUGCCAGUUCUAACGGUCUGUUGUCACAAAAGCUACAAUAUGUAAUGGAAGUUUCAGGCAGUGAUGACCAUCCCCCAUCAUCAAUGGUCAGAACUAGCAGCAUUUCUAGUGAUAUUCCAAUCUGCAGAAUUUGCCAUGAACCAAGUGAUAAGGAAAGCCUGCUGUCCCCAUGUGAAUGUUCAGGAACUCUGGGAACUGUUCAUCGUAGCUGCCUGGAGCAGUGGCUGGCAGCUUCCUGUUCUAGCCACUGUGAACUGUGCCACUUCGAAUUUGCUCUGGAACGAAUGUCAAGGCCAUUCUCAGAGUGGCUGAUAGAUCCUACACUACAACAUACGAGGAGAAUGCUAUAUGGAGACAUUAUCUGUUUUCUCUUCAUCACACCAUUGGCUACAUUGUCAGGUUGGCUGUGUGUCCAGGGAACUAUUGACCAUUUUUACUUCAGUAGCAGCAUAGAAGCAGUUGGACUUCUUAUCCUUUCAGCUGUGCUAAUUACCAUUUACAUCCUCUGGACAACUGCUUCUUUCCGAUACCACAUGCGCCUGCUGAAAGAGUGGAGACGGACCAACCAGAAGGUUAAACUGCUUAUUCCGAGAUCGCAAGUAUCCUUCAGCAAUCAGCCAAACCUCAUAACUCAAAACUCAAGUAUUAUUAUUUCUAAAGAAACUAUAGUCUAACUUUGUUAAGAACCACCUUGAAUGUUCUGCAGGUGAAAGAGGGACCAAACUUGUAAGUUACAAAAAAUAAUAAUGCAAAGAUGAGUUAAGGUUAUACCACAACUUCUCAAUGAACCAGGGUUGUUAGUAAGCAUUCUGCUACUUUGCUUGAUUGCGGACUAUGUGUUAUAAUCAGUUAAUGGAAAAUGAGACAGAUCACUAUUAUAACUGGUGGUAAACCAAUACUUCUUUGUACCUUUUAUUGUCCACCUUUAGCAUUCUUCUGUAAUUUAACUAAGCACAUGGAUGGGUUUUGAAUUAGCUGUCCGAUAAAAUUAAAGCAACUUUCUCAUGGUGAAAAUUAAAAUGACCAGAUAGAAAGUAACUCUCUCACUCUGCUAUAUUUCUUUAAUGUGGAUCUUGCUGGAACUGAGUCAUAUUGUGCUGUAGCUUUAGCACUGGUGGGAGCUUGUUGCUGCUGACUAUGGUACUUCAGGACACAUGAACUACUCAAUCUCUAGGGCUUUUACAAGUUUAUAGUGUGCCACAACCAAGUAAUGAGCAAAAAAGUUGUUAAUGGGUUCAUUGUACUCCUGGGUUGUCAAAUACAUUGUCCUUGAAAACUAAAAAGUUAGAUUUGAUUAUUUUUAAUAACUAUUUAACAUCAGAGUAUCACUUUAAUACAAACUAUACAACCAACUACCAUUAACUGUUAACCUUUCAUUGUGAUAUUGUUUUCAGUUUUCUGAGUUUUGACAAUUUUAUUCUUAAGAAAUGUUUAGGUUUUGCUGCCUGUUGAAAUGUAAAAAAAAAUGAAAUUGCCAGUCUUGCAAAACAAUAAAAAAAUAAUGUGACACAGUGGAGUAUUUUGUAUGUGUGAAUAGUAACUGGAAAGUGAAAUACAUUUAUUUUCAAUAGAUGAUGAAUAUAGGUGUGGAAAGUAUAAAUUACAGCAGCAAUUUAACUUUAAAUCGAUGCUUAGACUGAAAACCAAAUUUAUGAA